AGGGUGUGUGCUGCAUUCAAUCAACUUUGAGGUUGGCCAUUGGUGAAUGGGGUCCUCCGCAUUCAUCAAUAGAAAUCUUCAAAAGUCCGCCAUUCUUAGAGCACAUUCCUGGCUAUCGCUUAAUCUUCCGCCUUCCGUCACAAAAAUCAUCAGAAUGGGCUGCGGCACCUCCACCCAACGACAAAACUACCCGGCGCAACCAGUGGCCGUACCCACAGCAAUUCCCGCCCAUCCCACGGAGUCAGACCCCGCUAAACCUGGUGGUCCAAAAGCAGGAUCUGCGGUUGUUUUGGAUAAACAGGCCACCGCAAGUGCCCCAGACAUCAAAGCGGAUGCUGCCGGAGAUGGCGCAACCGAUAGACAAGCACUUGAGUUGGCCACUAGUCAGCCAGAGACAGAGGUGGCAGGCGAGAACAUGCAAACAGGGAACAACGUCCAAGACCAAAGCAAGCACGGAUCUGUUGCUGCGCUAAACCAACAGCACGUACCUUCGGCAUCCACCAAUGCUCUCGACUCAGCGAAGAGCAAAGCCGCAUCUACCAACGCGUUGGACAAAACCGCCUCCGUCACUAAAUCCGCCGCUGCCCUCAGUAGCGCUGGAGGCCAAGGGAAGACUGGUUCUACUGUAGCAUUAAAUAAGAGCGCGAAGGGGUCCAUUCCAGCCUUGACCGAACAACAUGUCCCGGCCCAGAAAUCCAUGCCGGCGUUGAACUCCCACACUAAUUCGGAAGUCGCAGGUGUUGCAAGCGCAAGCGGCAUGAGCGAAGUAGCAGUAGCAAGUAUUGAAUCGAAGUCGAGGCAAGACAUAGCGAUGGGUGCAACUGGCACUACUGAGCAACAGGGCGUUGCCAUCACCGUUGCCCAGAGCGGGGAGGUAGGUACGAGUACGGGUGGAGAAGAGAAAGGAAUCUAAGUAUCAGUGCGAUUGUGCAAACUUACGAAGAUUGUGGGAUGCAAAAGACUUGGAAGCUGGGGAAUAUAAGUGUUGCAAUAUAAAAAAAACAGUGAAAUGAUGCCUUUGUUCAAUA